AUGGGCUUCGGUGCUCCUCGCGGACGUGGUGGACCCCCUGGUGGACGUGGUGGACGUGGUGGAUUCGGCGGUGGCCGUGGUGGUGGCAGAGGCGGACUCGGAAGUGCUUCUCGUGGCCGUGGUGGACCCCGCGGUGGAGGUCGUGGUGGACGUGGCGGCCCUCCUGGACGUGGUGGUCGCGGUGGCCGUGGUGGCGCUCGCGGCGGUGCUAAGGGUGGUGCUAAGGGUGGUGCCAAGGUCGUCAUUGAACCCCACCGUCAUGCCGGUAUCUUCGUCGCUCGUGGCGGUAAGGAAGAUUUGCUCGUCACUAAGAACCUGACCCCCGGAGAGGCUGUCUACGGCGAGAAGCGCAUUGCUGUUGAAACCCCUACUGAGGAUGGUACCACUACCAAGACCGAGUACCGUGUCUGGAACCCUUUCCGUUCCAAGCUUGCUGCCGGUGUCUUGGGUGGUCUCGAUGAUAUCUACAUGAAGCCUGGCUCUAAGGUUCUGUACCUUGGUUCUGCCAGCGGUACCUCCGUCAGUCACGUUGCUGAUAUUGUUGGACCUACUGGUAACGUCUACGCCGUCGAGUUCUCUCACCGUUCUGGUCGUGACCUGAUCGGCAUGGCCACCCACCGUACCAACGUCGUCCCCAUUGUUGAUGACGCACGUCACCCCCUCCGUUACCGUAUGCUGGUACCUAUGGUUGACGUUAUCUUCGCCGAUGUUGCCCAGCCCGACCAGGCUCGUAUUGUUGGCCUGAACGCUCACAUGUUCCUCAAGGAGGGUGGUGGUGUCAUCGUCUCCGUCAAGGCCAACUGUAUCGACAGUACCGCCAAGCCUGAGGUUGUUUUCACCCGCGAAGUCCAGAAGAUGAGAGAGGAGAGGAUCAAGCCCAAGGAGCAGUUGACUCUGGAGCCUUUCGAACGUGAUCACUGUAUCGUUGCUGGUAUCUACAAGCGUUCUGCAUAA